GUCGCGACGCCGUACGGUCGUGUGCAGUGACAGUGUUCUCCAGUGACUCAUUGACUUUUGUGCCGAAAUCUGAUUGGGUGUUCUUUAAAAUUUUAAUUCCUUUUUACUCCUUAAGUGUUCUUAUGGACUGGCCCCGCCUUUUGGGCGGUCCUAGAGUGAAGCAAAUAGAGUUUUGUCGUGUCUAAAGUAGUGGCGCCCUGGUUUGCCUCUUGAGCGCGGUAGAUUUGAACUCGUGACCGGUGCAUCGGCAGCCGCGCGCUAUCGCCCUGAGCCAACCGAACUAGGCAUCGAGUGGCGAAAUAGCGGUGCCCGUGUGUGAACAGUGCAACGAGCUGACGUCAUCGCGAGUGCUACGGCGUGCGUGACUGCUACGAGCCUACGAUCCUGCGCAUCGGCUACGCGCUGCGCCGCUACGAGAUUCCCUGAGCCCACGCAUUAUUGCUUCUUAUUUCCUGUUGGCUAAGGUUGAGGGUCGACUGGCGGUUUGAAAUGCCUCGCUUGAAGCGCACUCCCCCGGCUACUCCUGCGUCUACAGCAAAUAGCCUGGUCCAGUCUAUGUCGGAUUCGGAUAUUCCUCAGGCUACGACAAGCAGCCCCUAUGAAAAGGCUAACUCCACCUCGCGAUAUAAACGCCCACGUCAAUCUUCUUCGCCCGUUAAUGAACUGUUAGAUUUCAAGCAGGAAAUGUUAGACAUGCUCAAUUCAUGGAGGGCGGAGGAACAAGCAAAUUUUCUAAAGUUUUCACAAGAACAAAGAUCAUCCUUCGCUAAACUGUCCUCGGAAGUAGCAGAACUUAAAGCGCAAAAUUUAGCCAUCCAAAAAGCAAACACUGAAAUAGAGAAGUCGAUUAACUUCAUCAAUAACCAAUACGACGAUAUGAUGAAACAAAUUAAUUUACUACAAAAAGAAAAACAAAUUUACAGGGAUUGUUUACAAACUUUAGAGAUGAAAGUCGAGGAUUUGCAACAAUUAUCACGCCCUUCUUGCAUCGAGAUUCGAAAUAUACCACUCAAAGAUAAUGAACAUGCUAAGGAUCUAUCGGAGAUUGUUGCUCAUGUGAGUGCUGCAGUUAACUUACCGCUUAAAGCCAGCGACAUCCGCGACGUUUAUCGACUGCCUGGGAAACCUGGUACCCUCAGACCGGUUGUUGCCGAGUUUACCUCUGUGGAAACUAAGAACCUAUUGUUAAGUUCGGUGCGCAGCUAUAACAACAAGCAACCAAAAGAGUCCAGACUCAGCACUGCAAACAUAGGAGUUCUUGGAGACCACCGUCCGCUGUAUGUUAGUGAGUACCUCCCGGCCAGCUCAAGAAAACUAUUUUUUGCUGCACGCGAAUUUGCCAAACUUAAUGAAUAUAAAUAUUGUUGGACGGUAAACGGUAACAUACUGUUGCGGAAGAAAGAGGGAGUCAGACCAAUACGGGUCAAAUCCGAGCAGACGCUACAUGAUCUAGCACAAACUAAUCAAUGACUAGUAACCUACUAUACAUUAUUGUUUUAUUAUACAUGUUUCACAAUAGCUAA